AUGAGAUUGACAGAUAAAGAAAAGUACACUAAUAACUUGAGGAUGCCGCCAGAAAUGUUUGACAUGCUACUUCGAAUAGUUGGUUCUCAUUUACAAAAAUCUGACAUAGUUCGCCAAUCUAUUUCAGCUUCGACUAGACUGGCACUCACUCUCAGAUAUUUAGCUUCCGGUGAUAGCAUGGUUUCAAUGAGCUAUGCAUUCCGCAUUGGAAAAUCAACUGUUUCUGGGAUUAUUUCCGAAACUUGUGAAGUUUUAUGGAUCAUUUUACAUGAAAAAGUUUUAUUGCAACCAUCAACUGGAAAUUGGAUUAAAAUAUCAGAAAAAUUCAGCAGUGUUUGGAUUUCCCCAAAUUGUAUAGGCGCCAUCGAUGGGAAACAUGUUAUCAUCCAGGCUCAACCGCAUUCUGGUUCAACCAAUUUCAAUUACAAAAAUAGCCACAGUGUGAUACUCAUGGCAAUGUGUGAUGCUGAUUAUUGUUUCACACUGGUUGACAUAGGUGCACAUGGUAGGCAAAGCGAUGGUGGAGUUUUCCGUAAUUCGAAUAUAGGCAAAGCUUUUGAGAAUGGACUACUAGACCUGCCCCCACCCAAAAAAAUCUCUCUUGAAAAGGAAGCAUUGUCAUACGUGAUGGUUGCGGAUGAGGCAUUUUCAUUGACGCAUUACAUGUUACGACCAUUUCCUCGAGCUAGCUUAACCCCUGAAAAACGCAUAUUCAAUUACCGACUAAGCAGAGCUCGAAGAGUUAUUGAAAAUGCGUUUGGCAUCUUGGUUGCGAGAUGGAGGAUUUUCCGGAAACCGAUAAUUUGUUCAAUUGAAACUACUGAGAGAAUUAUUAAAGCAUGUGUUUGUCUUCACAAUUGGUUAAAAAAAAUAGAAGAUUUUGCACCUGCCACUAAGAGAACGUAUUGCCCGCCAACUUUUACUGACAGCAUAUCGUCAAAUGGUCAGAUCGCAGAAGGCAGAUGGAGAGUCGAAGCUCCAGGUACUGAGGGAUUGGCUGAACUCCAUCGAACUGGUAGCAAUAGGUUCAGCCAAAACGCAAGUGUACUAAGGCAGACGUUCACUGAUUAUUUCAACAAUGAAGGUGCUGUUGACUGGCAGUGGGCUCUAGCACAAAAUAAUUAA